AUGACUAGGAAGGCGUUUGUGCCCUUUUAUCUCCCAUCCCUGCUAGGAGUGCAACAUUACUCGCACAUUGGAGGCCGAAGGGCAUGCAACUGUAAGAUGCCCCAAGAGAUGGAUAGAGAUUAUCUCGCUAUGCAACAUUACUCGUACAUCGCUUCCUCCACACCAGCCUUCGCUCAUGCCACACCCUUUGCCUACUCUGGGAG